AUGGAUGAACGAAAGAAGACUGCUCUCAUUGCUUACCGCAAUAAAAUGCGGGACCAUGACAAGAUGAGCGAGAACUUAAAGAAACUUAGGUUUACUGGCAAGGAUCUGGAGAAAGAAUUCGCCAAGACUGAGGAGGACAUCAAGGCGAUCCAAUCCGUGGGCCAAAUCAUCGGCGAAGUGUUGAAGCAACUGGAUGAUGAAAAAUUCAUUGUUAAAGCAUCUUCUGGUCCACGAUACGUUGUUUCUUUCCGGCCUACAUUGCCCGUGUCCAAACUGAAGGCUGGUACCCGAGUCAGCCUCGAUAUGACGACCUUAACAAUAAUGCGGAUACUUCCACGUGAAGUCGAUCCGCUAGUCUAUAACAUGAGCCUUGAGGACCCAGGAGGAGCGUCUUUUGCUGGUAUCGGUGGUUUGGGCGAACAAGUCCGGGAGCUACGAGAGGUCAUCGAGCUUCCUCUUAUGAACCCCGAACUUUUCCUUCGUGUGGGCAUUAACCCCCCCAAGGGAGUACUUUUAUACGGUCCCCCCGGAACUGGAAAGACGCUGCUUGCACGAGCUGUCGCAGCAACCCUGAGCACCAACUUCCUCAAGGUCGUCUCUUCAGCAAUCGUUGACAAAUACAUUGGUGAAUCAGCACGCCUAGUACGGGAAAUGUUUGGUUAUGCGAAAGAGCAUGAACCUUGUAUUAUCUUCAUGGACGAGAUCGAUGCGAUUGGUGGUCGACGCUUCUCCGAAGGAACCAGUGCCGAUCGUGAGAUUCAGCGCACGCUUAUGGAACUGCUGAAUCAGAUGGACGGCUUCGAUACAUUGGGCAAGACGAAGCUUAUUAUGGCUACCAACCGUCCGGAUACGUUGGAUCCUGCACUGCUGCGUCCAGGUCGCUUGGACAGAAAGAUCGAAAUCCCUCUGCCAAACGAACAAGCACGUCUUGAGAUUUUGAAAAUUCAUGCGGCUCCGGUAAACAAGAGUGGCGAAAUUGAUUAUGAGGCUAUCGUCAAGCUCUCUGACGGCUUUAACGGUGCUGAUUUGCGUAAUGUGGUGACAGAGGCGGGCAUGUUUGCAAUCCGGGACGAUCGGGAGUAUGUUACCCAAGAAGAUCUAACGAAGGCUGCAAGAAAGGUUUCGGACGCAAAGAAACACGAAACCAAAAUGGAGUACACCGCGCAAUAA